GCACAAACGUCGCCGUCCUCUCUGUAGAGCCUGAAAACCAGAGGACAUGAUCCGGAGUUUGAGUAAAUCAAUGUCUUUGCGUUACUGCACAGUCGUCGAGGUCAAAAGCAAGUAUGGUGCAGAAUUUAGGAGGUUUUCUCUUGAUCGCUGUGAGCCUGGGAUCUUUAAGGACUUUCUCCAGCUUCUCCAGAGCCUACACCACUUGUGUCACAUGGAAAUUUUUAUCAGCUACGCAGAUGUCCACGGAGAACUGCUGCCCAUCAAUAACGAUGAAAACUUCUGCAAGGCUGUGUCCACUGCGCAGUCGCUACUGCGCAUCUUCAUUCAGCAGAAAGAUGAAAUUGACCAGGCUACCAUCAGCACAGACAGUGUGAUAAGGCGGAAGAAAUCCACAGCGACGGCACGUGGCGACAUCGGCCGCAGAAGACCAUGCAUUCAGAUUGGCAUGCCGCAGAAUUUCCGCCCGGUCUCCUCCAUAAUCGACGUGGACAUCCUACCAGAGUGCCACCGAAGAGUUCGUCUCUACAGCCAGGGCUCAGAAAGACCUCUGGGUUUCUAUAUCCGUGACGGAGCCACAGUCAGGGUCACUCCCCACGGUCUGGAGAAGGUUCCAGGCAUCUUCAUCUCAAGGAUGGUUCCUGGCGGACUAGCCGAGAGUACUGGACUGCUGGCUAUUAAUGACCAGGUGUUGGAGGUCAAUGGCAUUGAUUUGAUGGGCAAGUCUCUGGAUCAAGUGACUGACAUGAUGGUUGCCAAUAGCCACAACCUCAUCAUCACUGUGAAACCAGCAAACCAGCGCAACAACGUAAGGAGUCACAGUUAUAUCUCUCCAAGCCCAGGACGUCUUCUUGAAGGUGAGGGUUCAAUAAGUUACCCAGGAUUGCCCGUGAUUAUGGGAUCCCAUGUCUGGACAAGUAGUGGCUAUGAAAGUGACGAGGAUUCAGAUGUGAUUAUUGAAAGACGUGUUAAGCACUUGUCCCAGCGCUCCAAUAUUUCAACAUCACCCCAGUCUUCUCGCCCCAAUGCUCAUGAUCGCUACCGAUGCCUCGGGCGCCACUGCUCUCCAGCCUAUUGCCACUCACAGCCCUGCCUCAAUCUAAUGGCCACUCCUGAGCCCAGCACCCCACUACACCGAGAAAUGACCCACCAGCAUCACUAUAGAAGCAGCCCAGCAUUCAGACAGAGCACCUCCAGCACCCAUGAUAUCCUGAGCAUGUUGCGCUCAGACAUUCGGCAACGCCUCAUGGUGCCUCAGGGGGCAAUGGAGGAGGAUGGAAUUGUUAUUACUCUGUGA